GCGCCGCCGCUUCCUCCCGUCACUAAAGCAAUAACCUAUUAGGAUUUCUUUUUUUGAUUUUUUUGAUUUUUUUUUUUUUUUUUGGGCAACUGUCACCCCAGAGCUAAAGAGGGAGAAGCACCGUCAGACCAACUCUUGCCAUUUCCAGUCAGAAGUUGCAGACUUCAUGUAGCUGCCUCUGCUCUGCCGAGAGAGGGACGGGAAUGGUGUGCAGUGCAGAGUGGAAAAUACCCCCGCUCUAAGAAGUGCACCGGAUUUUUCUCUUGCUGUUUGUUUGGGUUGUUGCGUGCACGUUAGGCACCCAAAGGAUCACCGCUUCACAGGAAUGAAACGUGGAGAGGAUGACUAACGACAGAACUGUGAAUUUGUUCCCUGGAGUUGAUAAUUUGCCACCCCGAAGCAACACAUAUCUCGAGGAGGAAGCGUUUGGCUGCUGCUGAUUUCUCCAAAACUGGUGAUUUACCAGAUGCAUUGUGCUGUAUCUGCUGGAACAGAUCAUUGCUUAGCUGCAGCAGAUCGUCAAAGGUAGACAACUAACUGAUGUCUCCAAAUAAGAAAUGAGAUGUAAUGCAUCCUGCAGUCCAUGCAUGCCUCCUCUUGCAAAUCGCGCAUCAUUCCUCUCUGGAAACCUUUAAGUCCUAAAAUCCGUGGAAAGAGAAUAAAAACAUUAUCAUGGACCUGAGGGAUUUUUACCUGUUGGCCGCUUUGAUUGCCUGUUUAAGACUGGAUUCUGCUAUAGCUCAAGAACUUAUUUACACUAUUAGAGAGGAGCUGCCUGAAAAUGUGCCCAUAGGGAACAUACCAAAGGACCUGAACAUUUCUCAUAUCAAUGCUGCCACAGGGACCAGUGCCAGCCUUGUCUACAGACUGGUGUCUAAAGCAGGGGACGCGCCUCUGGUCAAAGUGUCCAGUAACACGGGGGAAAUCUUUACAACAUCUAACAGAAUAGACAGAGAAAAACUAUGUGCUGGAGCUUCCUAUGCAGAAGAAAACGAGUGUUUCUUUGAACUUGAAGUGGUGAUUCUCCCCAAUGACUUUUUUAGGCUGAUCAAAAUAAAAAUCAUUGUAAAGGAUACUAAUGACAAUGCACCUAUGUUUCCAUCCCCUGUCAUCAAUAUCUCCAUCCCAGAAAACACUCUGAUCAACAGUCGCUUUCCAAUCCCAUCAGCAACAGAUCCUGACACAGGUUUCAAUGGUGUGCAGCACUAUGAGUUGUUAAAUGGGCAGAGUGUCUUUGGACUGGAUAUUGUAGAAACUCCAGAAGGGGAGAAAUGGCCUCAGCUGAUUGUGCAGCAGAACUUGGACAGAGAGCAAAAGGACACCUACGUGAUGAAAAUCAAAGUGGAGGAUGGAGGUACCCCCCAGAAAUCCAGCACAGCUAUCCUGCAAGUCACAGUAAGUGAUGUCAAUGAUAACAGGCCAGUCUUUAAAGAGAGUCAAGUAGAGGUCCAUAUACCAGAGAAUGCCCCUGUAGGCACCUCUGUAAUUCAGCUUCAUGCUACAGAUGCUGAUAUAGGAAGCAAUGCAGAAAUCAGAUAUAUUUUUGGUGCCCAAGUCGCCCCUGCAACCAAAAGAUUUUUUGCUUUAAACAACACCACAGGGCUGAUUACAGUUCAGAGGUCCUUAGAUCGAGAAGAGACUGCUAUUCACAAAGUGACAGUGCUGGCUAGUGAUGGUAGCUCUACACCAGCCCGGGCAACUGUGACCAUCAAUGUCACUGAUGUAAAUGAUAACCCUCCUAACAUAGACCUCAGGUACAUAAUAAGUCCCAUCAAUGGCACAGUGUACUUAUCUGAGAAAGAUCCCAUCAAUACAAAGAUUGCCCUAAUUACGGUUUCAGAUAAGGACACUGAUGUGAAUGGCAAAGUGAUCUGUUUCAUUGAGAGAGAGGUCCCCUUCCACUUGAAAGCAGUUUACGACAACCAGUAUUUGUUAGAGACCUCUUCCUUGUUGGACUAUGAGGGCACCAAAGAAUUCAGCUUUAAAAUUGUGGCUUCUGAUUCUGGCAAGCCGAGCUUGAACCAGACUGCCCUGGUAAGAGUUAAGCUGGAGGAUGAAAAUGACAACCCUCCGAUUUUCAGCCAGCCUGUAAUUGAGCUGUCAGUUUCUGAAAACAACCGGCGUGGUCUAUACUUAACAACUAUUAGUGCCACAGAUGAAGACAGUGGGAAAAAUGCAGACAUUGUUUAUCAGCUUGGUCCUAAUGCCUCCUUUUUCGAUCUGGAUCGAAAGACGGGAGUUUUGACAGCCUCCAGAGUUUUUGACAGAGAAGAGCAGGAACGUUUCAUAUUCACUGUUACAGCCCGAGAUAACGGCACCCCUCCUUUGCAGAGUCAGGCGGCUGUAAUUGUUACUGUGUUGGACGAAAAUGACAACAGUCCCAAAUUUACUCAUAAUCAUUUCCAGUUUUUCGUAUCAGAGAACUUACCAAAGUAUAGCACGGUGGGGGUGAUCACAGUGACUGAUGCAGAUGCUGGGGAAAAUAAAGCAGUGACCCUUUCCAUCCUGAAUGACAAUGAAAACUUUGUGCUGGAUCCGUACUCUGGAGUUAUAAAGUCCAACGUUUCUUUUGAUCGAGAACAGCAGAGCUCUUACACCUUUGAUGUUAAGGCAGUGGAUGGAGGGCAACCUCCUCGCUCUUCUACAGCAAAAGUAACAAUAAACGUGAUGGAUGUUAAUGAUAACAGUCCUGUUGUCAUCUACCCACCUUCUAAUACUUCUUUUAAGCUCGUGCCACUCUCAGCAAUUCCAGGAUCGGUGGUAGCCGAAGUCUUUGCUGUGGAUAUAGACACUGGCAUGAACGCUGAGCUGAAGUACACAAUUGUAAGCGGCAAUAACAAGGGUUUGUUUCGGAUUGAUCCAGUGACAGGUAAUAUCACUCUGGAAGAAAAACCAACUCCUAAUGACGUGGGCCUGCAUCGCUUAGUUGUCAACAUAAGUGAUUUGGGUUAUCCCAAAUCCCUGCAUACUCUUGUGCUUGUGUUUUUAUAUGUAAAUGAUACUGCUGGAAAUGCCUCUUACAUUUAUGACUUGAUACGCAGGACUAUGGAAACACCUUUGGAUCGGAACAUAGGGGACAGUAGCCAACCCUACCAAAAUGAGGACUAUCUCACAAUCAUGAUCGCUAUCGUGGCAGGUGCCAUGGUUGUCAUAGUGGUGAUAUUUGUCACGGUUCUUGUUCGCUGUCGACAUGCAUCCAGAUUCAAAGCUGCCCAGAGGAGCAAGCAAGGUGCUGAGUGGAUGUCUCCCAAUCAGGAAAACAAGCAAAACAAGAAAAAGAAAAGGAAGAAAAGGAAAUCUCCAAAGAGCUCUCUUUUGAACUUUGUGACUAUUGAGGAGUCCAAACCUGAUGAUGCAGUUCAUGAACCUAUCAACGGGACAAUAAGCCUUCCAGCAGAGCUGGAGGAGCAAAGUAUAGGAAGAUUUGAUUGGGGCACAGCACCACCAUCAACCUUUAAGCCUAACAGUCCUGAUCUUGCCAAGCAUUACAAAUCUGCCUCUCCGCAGUCUGCUUUUCAUCUCAAACCUGACACUCCAGUUUCAGUGAAAAAGCACCAUGUGAUUCAGGAACUCCCGUUGGACAACACCUUUGUUGGUGGUUGUGACACCCUUUCCAAACGCUCUUCCACUAGUUCAGAUCACUUCAGUGCCUCAGAGUGCAGUUCCCAAGGAGGCUUCAAGACAAAGGGCCCCUUACACACCAGACAGGCACUGAAUUUUGGAGAUAUGCCGAAGUACUUGUGGGAGAUUUGGGUACCUGACAAACCAUGGGUGUCCCAGCGCCGUGUUACAUUUCACCUCCCCGAUGGCUCCCAGGAAAGCUGCAGUGACAGUGGUCUGGGAGACCACGAGCCAGUGGGUGGUGGAACCCUGAUCUCACACCCUCUCCCUCUGGUUCAGCCGCAGGACGAAUUCUACGACCAGGCUUCACCGGACAAGAGGACUGAAGCUGAUGGCAAUUCUGACCCCAACUCGGAUGAUUAAGUUGUCACUGGGCCUGUACAAACCAGGAGAGAAGGUGGCCUUGGGAUCUGAUGAACAAUGUUAAGGUCCAUCUCCUCAUUUGGGCAGAGCUGGAUCUGAAUGAUGACAUUUACAUCAUGGCAGAUGACAACAUGAACUGUGGAAUAUUGACUUUGGAAAUAUUUUUCUGAUAUGUAUAUAGGAAGACCAAGAGGAGGUUGUGUUGGAUGAAACUCUACAAAGAAACAAUUUGAAAUGUUUUACUGAGAGUUGCAUUCUGGUUUCUUUUCCUCUAUUUUCCUUCUACUUUUUUUUUUUUUCUCUUCUCCUCCCCUGGAUAUGACACCUGCAUUUGCUUCUCUUUAUCAAAACAGAAAUGUGUUUGGAACUAUGAUGUUAAACCCUUAAUCUGUACAAAUACAAAGAAUGAUAAAAGAAUAGCAACUAUGAAUGGAUUGCCUCUGGAGCAAGAAUGUAUUUCCGCUUAAAAAGCGAGGAGCUUAAGUGGAAUUAUCUGGUUAAUUCUCUGACCACGUAUGAGACUUGUGAAAGAUUUAACAACAUCAGAGAGGAGUUUUUUAGGCAGCGUUGCAUGUUGGCACUGUCGCAUUGGCUUCACAGACUCUGAAUUGUACAUCCCUUCAAAAGGCAGCAUAAAAGUCCUCCAGGAGAGUUAGGAAAAAACUGGCUUAGUAAACUUACAGCAAGUUAUUAAAAGUGCAGUUUUGGAAAUUUUGUGUUAAGCACAUUGUGUAAACACAGUAUAUUAAUCAUGAUCAUCUAUUCAUGCCUAAUAUAGACAUUAAUAGAAGAUUAGUCAGAAUGAGUAAGUGUUCUUAAAAGCUAUAUGAAAAGUUUUAAUAUGUUUGCGGUUACACCUAAUUUAGCCUUAGAGAUGCUAAAUUUGUGUCAAAUUUAUGAAAAUCUAACCAUCAAGCUAUACUAAAUAUUAGUGAAGUGUUGAAGUAUAGUCUUUUUUUUGCUUUUACCAGAUAUUGAAACAGUACACUCUGUAUCUCAUCAAAUCUCACAAACUAAGAGAGGAAUUAUAUGGUCAGUACUGUGACAGAAAUUUUUCUGGCAAAAUCCAGGCCAGGAUGGGAGUCAUGUUGUUCAUUAGAUGGCUUUAACUUGUAUAUUGUAUUCAGUAUCAAGCUAUUGCCUAAGCACUGUAUUAAAAGUUAUUUUGCUACUGUAGGCACAAGUUUUAAUGGGAUGUGAAAUAAGGUUUAAAGCAGUUUAUGGUUAAUGAAGAUCCUGUGAAAAUUUUCAGAAGAGAAAAUUCCUGUCUGGUAUUGGCCAAAGUUACUUGGUGGGUAUUUACAUGUGUUCAUGGUUAAAAUACGUAGUGUCAUUUGAACAUUGUAUUCCUUGACAUUCCUAAGCUGAAUUUCUAGUUCUAUUGCAGUGAAAUGUUCCCUAGUUGUAUUUAACUGUAGAGGUAGUUUUGUUUCAGGGGCUGUUUAAGGGAUUGCUGGUUAUGAAAAUACUUGGGACAUGCUAAGGUGAAAGAUACAACUAUGAAGUAAGGAAUAAAGCCCUAGUGUGGAGAGUUGUAGUAUUAUCAUAUACAUGUACUGCUAGCAGUUCUGGAUGAUAAGUGUUGCAUAACAAUAUUUUUAUUUCAAAUGCUUCAGUUGAAGAGAAAGAACAGUGUUUUUGGGAAUGUUUGCAAAUGACAUCUACAUCAAAAACACAGAUUUGUUCAACUGUAUUUUUAUGAAAGUUCAUUCAAAGUAAAACUUUGCUUCAGCUCAUGAGAAUGUGAUGUUAAUCUUGGUAGUAAAGUCCUUGCCUCAUGCUGAGAGCAAUUUUGCUUAAUGACUUUAAUGUUCAGUGAAUUGUGUGGGUUAUUACUGUACACUGCGAAGUUACGUGAAUAAAAAUACAGCCAUUGUUUCUGAAAAUAAUGUCCUAUUUUAAUUAUAUUUGAAGAGUGACCAAGGCUCAGGUCUUCAAAACCUGAAAUAGGGACAGAAAUGUGGUAAAAGUCUUGCUAACUUUUUACACAAAAGUAUGAGAAACUUUACUGCCAUAUUUACUUUCAGUCAUUAGCUUCUACAGACACAAGAACUACAAUUACAUGAUUUAAUGAAAUAAACACACACAGUGAGAGUACAUUCAUCCAGCUAAUCUGAAAACAGAAAUCUCUCACACCGGGUGAAACUGGAAUGAAGAGAAAAGCCAAAUAUUAGCAUUGUCAGCCACAUGCUGUCACUGUAGCUAUGAGAGAAAGGCAACAAGAUAGAAACAUGAAGUCUUUCAUAAUGAGAUGGAAGUCCAAGUUUGGUUUGCAUUACUGAAACCUGUCUUCAUUAUUUAGGUCUUUUAUUUUGAGGGUUGUAUUCAUUUUGAUAAGAUAUAUUUUGCAUUUUCCUAUUGUUAAUUGAUCGGUAUUAUUGAUGGUCAGAGGAGUUUGAUGUUAACCUGUCAAUUGCAAUUCCUUAUAGCUCAUCUUUGUCUCAUUUGCAGCUUGAUACACUUGAUUCCUUUAAAAAGGAAUAUAUUCCAAAGAUCUGUCAUCUGAUACAAGUUCUUUACCUUUUAGCAUAUCAGAUAAGAAUUUAGAAAACAUUCCAGUUUCUUUAGAAUGUAAAAAAAUAAAAGGCCUAUGUAAAAUUGAAUUUACCUAUACUACAUUAAAACAUCUUUCAUUGCCAAAAUUCCUGCUUUCUAAUGGUUUUAAAUGUGCAUAUCAGGAAGUGUACUUUUAACACAAACAUCUUUAUCAUCAGUUGUAUUAAAAAUGUACAGCUCUCUGAUGUAUUUUAAUGUGAAUUAUUUUUUCAGGUACUACUAAAAAAACUCCUGGGCUUUUGUUCUCCAGGUGUUGGGUGCACACUGUUACUUCUCAUUGCUAUAAGUGUGGUUUUCAUCAGUGUGAAAAAACACUUGAUUAGUGAGGAAUUCUUCUUUCACUGUGGUUUAGUAAAGGUUGUCAGGGACUUAAAUUUGGCCUGGAAUUGUUAAUGUAUCUAAGAGUUGUAUGCAGCAGAGCUGUGCAAUAGAACUGUACGAAGUAAAAAUGUGCCUCCUAGUGUAAGAGAGGGGAAAAAUGCAUUUUCAUGAAAAUGCUUGAUAAAUCACAUUUUGAUAGCUGCAAGCUGUGGAUGUGAUUCAUUUUUGUUCAAAGAGAUAAAGAGCAAUAGCAUAUAUUUAGUGGAGUGUUAGAACUGCUCUAGGGAGAAAGCCUACUGCACACUGUGGAUGAAUCUAUGCAAUAAUUCCAACAGUUUAAAACCAGACAGAAAUAUAAUAUUUAUGUCUUCUGAUACAUGUUUACGAAGCUAAGUAAAUGUUUGCCUAAUUUCUACACUUCAUUAAUAAGUAGUAUCAAUAUAUAUCAACAAAGUAAAAGCUUCAUAAAAACAUGGAGCUGUAGCAAAAAUUGUAACACACCCACCAGUUUCAAGAUCAUGUUUUUAUUUAGCAAAAUUAAAUAGAACAUUCUAUUAUGUCCUGUGUUACUUCCAAAGCAAUUCCAUAUUCUUGGAAGUAAUGUUAUAAUGCUGUCUUUCAGUAAUAAUGUUUGUGGAUAGCUUUUUUAUUUCCAGUGCAAUAAAAACUGUGUGGUUAAAUUUGGCUGAUAAAUACCUGAGUUCACACUUUUUAAUAAACCUAUUACUAUGGCAGUUUAGUCAAGUAAUGUCAGGGGUGUUAAAUGGUACUCUAAUUCCAGUAAUAAGUAGGAAUAUCUCUGCGGCAGUGGCUUAAUUAUGAUUAAAGUUCAGAGUAAUGGCAAGACUGCCUUGUAUUACACUUGGUCAUAUGAUAGUGUCCCAUGUGGAGAAGCUAAGCCUCUGCUGCAGAGAGCUUUGGUUUUACAGUGUCACUAUCAUUACACCCGGUGGGUGAUGAUGGUUUAACCUUGAGGGCAUACCCUCUGCUUAAUCCUGUCUUUCAUUUUGCUGCCUCCAAAGUUUCUUCUUUGGCAAUACUGGAGUGGUCCAUAGCUAAACAGCCUAAGGUGUAGAAAGAAAUGCUACUGUAUUAAUGCCUAGAUCUAGAUAAUUUGCCAUCCAUAGUUAUUCUUGUGUUUUCAUAAUAUGAGACUAUGAGAACUAAAAUAGGAACAUUUGCCUUUGAGUCACAUCCUCUAUUUCAUUAAACACGAGUUCAUACCUCACACAGAAACUAACACUGUCACAUUUAGCUACAGGCAAGCAGGAGUAAGAAAAACUGGAGUCAGGUUGUUGAAUUAGCCUACAGAAGAGCUAUAAAAUAGUCUGAAGUCUGAAUUCAAUCUUAGCCUGUGCACUUAUGACUUUAAAAAGAUAAAUAAAAUCUGAGAGGCAUAAGGAGAUUGCUAUCUCUUUACAUCUCUUUGAUGCCUCAUUGCAGUGAGGAUUUAAAAAUUCUCUUGGUUCAGAAAAGCCACUGUGCUACAUCUGUUCCUAUUCUACUCUCUUUUCCUCCGCACACCAAAGCUAAUUGGAGUGUAAAUCAGGAGGCCAUAACCACUGAAUGAGCUGUAGGAGGGGAACUUGUCUCAUUGCUUCUCCAAGAGGAGCGGAUAACCUUCCAAAACUUCCUAGCUGCUGCUGCUUGAGAAGAGCACGUGCAGGUCCUCAGCAGUGAGAUGAAAAGGCCACAUGGGGCAGGGGGACUAUGACAAAGGUUGGAGGAUUAAAGGAAGGGGAAGCUUGCACAUGAGAUGAAAGCUGGUGCCUUUGGCUGCCAUUACUGAUGAUACCAAGGACAGUUUAAAACCUCAGAUACUUUUGCCAGGUUAAAACAAGGGACUUAAGGAAUUAAGAGUAAUUUUUCUCCUGUAAGUAUUUUCUGCUCACAAGGCUUUUCUUCAUAUCACAGCAAGCCCAGAUCUACUACAGACAUUCACAGACUUUUUUAAGUUUCAAAGUGAUACCAUUAUCCAGUCAAACCUCUACUAUAGCACAAUGCUUAGUGUUUCACACAACUUUCCUUAAAUCAAAUUGAGGUUUUAAAAUAUUCCAGUGAUUUAUUUCCACUGGUGUUUGAUUACAUGUUUUAUAUGGAUUUACAUGGCAAGGUUGUGGAUAGGGGGCUGCAGAGGGUGCCUCUUUGAGAAGACACCAGGGGCUUCUCCCUUGUUUGACAGAGCUAAUUCUCAGUGGUUCUAAACCAGAUGCAUUGCUGCCCAAAGCUGCGCAGCAUCUGGGUGGAAGGAGUAAGAAAAAUGUGAGAGAAACAAACCUGCAGACACUAAGGUCCAUGAUGAAGGAGGUAGAGAGCAUGCUUCAGACACCAAAUAGCUUCCCUUUCAUCUUGUGGGGAAGGUGGUGCCCCCAGAAGCCCGUGGAGGAGCCCACCCUGAAACAGGUAGGUGUGCCCUCCCUGAAGGAAGUUGCAGUCCACAAAGGGCACGUGCAGGAGCAGGAACUGUGGCCCCUGAGGAGUCCCCUCUGGAGCAGUCUUGUCUCGGAGGCUCACACACUGUGGAAGGGACCCGUGUGUUGCUGGGAAAGGACCCCAUGUUGGCCAGGGUAAGAGUAUGAUGAGGAAGGAGCAGCAAAUACAAAGUUUUACUUGCCAACUGCAACUCCUUUCAUAUCCCUUAACACCACUUAGUGGCAUCAAAUGAAUUUGAUCCUGGGAAUAAGAAAGGGUUGAGUAGUGGGAAAAUUGUUUUUGGUUUUGUUUUUCUUGUUUCUCACAAUCCUACUCCAGUUUUAGUUGAUGAUAAAUUAAAUUUAUCUUCCCCAGGCUGAGUCAGUUCUGCCAGUGAUGGUAACUAGUGAGUGAUCUCCCUGUCCUUAUCUCAACCCAUGAGCUUUUUCAUCUCAUUUUCUUCCCAUCUUGCUGAGAAGGGGGAGUGAUAGAGCAGUUUGGUGAGCACCUGGCAGCAGCUAAGGUUAACCCACCAGAAUAUUAAAGCUGGUAUUGUAUUCUCAGUCUGAAAGCAUUUAUUUUCAGUUUCUACCUCUUGUCUGUGUGACUGUACCACCCUUUGUCAAUCUGAAGUCUGACUUCCAGAAGUGCAAGUAUAUUUUGAGGCCCAAGGGACUUUUUUGACUAGUACAGCAUCCUGCACAAUACAAAUCAGAAAUUCUAGCCAAUAACCUAAAAAAAAGCAUGUGUCUUCUGCUGGUAUCUACAGCAUACAGUUACAGAAUGAUUUCUUGAUUUAAUGAUCUUCAGUGACAGAGGAAAUAAUACUACAUUGCUUACUGACUUCAACUGAAUCAGACUUUUAUUUGAUAAAAGAGGUUUUUAGUAUCCAUAUUUCAAAUGGAGUGCUCAAGUCUUCUUGAAUCUGAAUUAUACAGGUUAAUUAGUGGUAGUAUUUUGAAUGUUGCAACAUUUUGUUCUUAAGCACUUUUUUCCUCUCUGUAUGUUAGUACUGGUCCAAUGUAUGUCCAGUAAUAUAUAUAUAUUCAGAAUAAGAAAAAUAAAACAUAAGUCUUCUAUAUUGCAGAGUUUUAAAAUCAUUUUUUUUUCUUUAUCAGUCAUUGUUUUGAUCUGAGUGGGGGUUUUUUGCUGCCUCAUGAACAUGAUGUUUAACAAUACUUUUUAGCAAUAGAACAGCAACAGAUUUUUCUACUGUUUAAGGACCUUCCAUGAGAAAUUAAAGUCAAAAGCAUGACUGAACACAUAUAUCUUUAAUCAUCAUGAAAUAUAUUUGAAAGAUUUUUUUAGCAUUCUAGGUGCUCUAUCACCUAACUGUGUUUGACACAAUUCACCUUUUAAAAGUGUGAUGGUGUGAUUAUGGUAGAAAUAUGUGUUUGAUUAUUUUGAGGUUGCUGUUUCUGAAAUUCAGUGGAAGUUAUUGUUGUGACUUCAGUCACAACAAUAGGAAGUUACUGUUGUGACAGCUGUGACUCCUUGUUACCUUGAAACUACAACUAAUUUACCAAUGUUACAUGUUCUUUUACUAAUAGAGUCUUAGUAGUGCAACUCCUAUUCCCAAAGGCAAGUUGACAAAAAAAAAGAUUGUGAGAAUAAGGUGUUGAAUUUAGCAUGGGAUUGUUAAUUUCAGCCUUUAAAUGGUUACAAAUUUUAAGUAGAAUUAGAAUUGUUGGUGGCUGCAAUGAGAGGAAUAAUUUAUAUAACAAUGAGGAAGAAUAACCUCAUUGCAACCACACAGACUUGGGCCUGACAACUAGAAAACAGUUUUGCAGUGAGAGAACUGGGAGUCCUGGUGGAUAGCAAAUUAGCCAUGAGCCAGAAAGACACCCUUGAAGAAAAGAAAUCAGUCUCCUGAACUGCACUAGAAAAAGUGCUGCCAGCAAGCUGAUGGGAAAGUUCCUUUCUUUCUACUCCUCACUGGUCAGACACAGUUGGAAGUGCCAAGUCCAGUGCUGGUUUUUCCAGUAUGGAAGGGAAAUGGAAAUAUGGACUGAGUCCAGAAAAGGGCCACAAAGAUUAUUAAGGUAUUAGAGCAUCUGUCACAUGGGGAGGUGCUGAGAGAACUGUGACUGUUCAUCCUGGAGAGAGGAAAGGCUUAGGAAGGAUCUAAUUAAUGUGUGCAAAUACCUGAUGUGGUGCAGGAAGGAGAGUAGAGAGAGAGACAGACUUUUCUCAGUAGUGUACCAAAUCAAAGAAGGGACACUUGGGCACAAACUGAAAUAGAGAGACAUUUUCUUUAAACAAAAAAAGAAAAAACACCCCACUGCAUUUUCUUGCUAUCGGAACAAUAGAACUCUGCAUCAAGUUUCCCAGAGAGAUUGUGGAAUCUUCAUGGAUAUUUUAGAAAUCAAACAAGACAUUUCUCCAACUGAGUCAUGUUAACUCCCUGAGUUGGGCAGGAAGGUGUGACUAAAUCCUCUCUGGACUUCCCUUCCAAGUUAAUCAUUAUAUGAUUCUGAAAUCCUAUAAAUUAUUAAAUUUGUCUUGCAUAGACUGUGCAAUACAGAUGUGAACUAAAAAAGGAAAGAAAAAUCUGUAUUCUCUAUGGUAAAUCAAGUAUCAACUUGUAAAUGUAUGGUAAGGUGUAGUACUAUACACAGUACAGAAAUCAACCCAAAUAGGUACUAUCCAGGUUACUUGUUGCUUCUCUGGUUGAGCUCCUGAGGUAAAAUCUGAAAUGGGUCAAGUAAAUCUUGUAAAAUAAUGCCUUUAUCCCACCACAGGUUAUGAAUGAAGGUUCUAGGAAGCAAUCAAGUAAUACCCUGUUAGUUCCAGAAAUUAAUGAUGAACUCAGCUUCAUAUUAGAUACUCUGAAUUUGGAUGCUUACAUGCAAAAAUCUAAAUCUUUAUCCUAAGUGUCUAAGCUGCCUUUUUAAUUUACUGAGCACAGAAACUUUCAUUUAAACUAGGAACUUAUACCAAGUUUGCUAAAUUUCACUCUAGAGUCCAUUCACCAUAUUUCUCUUGAGUGUAAUAGGAGCUCAAACACAAAAUUCACACAAAGACCUUUUGGAUUAAAUUUAGCUCUGCAAUUUAUAUGCAUAGGACUCAAAAACUUGUUAUACAUCAGCAUUUGGUUGAAUACCUACUUCUUGUUAAUUGCACUCCCUUCUUUCCUGUUUGACAUCCUGGGUACCCCAGGAUAUUUCUUACCUGGCAUUGCUGAUGGUUAGACAGUAGAAGUGAGGUUUAGGUCGAGAUUUAUUCAAAAAGCUGUGAGUGCAGGUGCCAUGUAUGUAGCCUCGUGAUGUAUCUGUGACUCAUUCAGAUGUGUGUUGGAGAUAGAUGUGAAUCUGAGAGUCUGAGAUCCAGGUGUAGUCAGUGGAGACCUUAACUAUCAUAAUUGAGACUAGAGACCCAGAGAGUUGUGUUUGAUGAAUAUGUAGUAGAUGCAUCUAAUGUGAGAGGCAUAGUUUUCCAAAAUAUAUUGACUGGAUUGACAUUGUGUAUAGAGGAAACUCAGACACCUAAACUGACACCUAAAUUUAGCUGAUUCCCACAAAUCCAACCUUUUGUGCGAGAUGAAUCUCAGCUGUUCUUGUUGCUAAGGGAAUACUCAUAUGUUUUGGGAGAUUUAUCAGUUUUUCUUAUCUAUCUACACAUAACAUUUUUCAAAGGAGAAGGGUAUUGUUAAUUUUUAUGCCUCAUUUUUACAGUAUUAAUGAAAUAAAAAUACCAAUACCAUAUCUUCCUUUUCUUCUUUUUUUUUUUUUUUUUUUGCUAUAACUGAAAUGAAAACAUCUUACCUUUUAAAAGCACAAUUCUAAUGAAGGAUUUCUAAAAGUAAAAUAACUUCUGUUCUCUAAUCAGUUUUCCUUCCUCCAAACAAUCACCAAAUAUUGACAGGGAAGUAUGAUAAGUCUCAUGCCAUUUUGAAAAUUAGCAUGCCUUGAAGUGCAGAUGAUGCAUUUUGACUGUCUCUUUAAGAAUAUAUGUAUGAUACAUUAAUGGACUCCAGGAGUUCCUUCCUUAAAGCAAGUAUCUUAGUAAGCUUCACUUUCUGGGAAGGAAAUCUAAUCUUUUGGAAGAAAAAGUGUGCUAUCUUAAGAAAUAAUCUUAUGCAAAAGUGUCUUCAGGUUUGACCUAGACUUGUCCAGAAACUAGGUGUUCGUUUUAUUAUGCUUAUCUUAUGGAUUUAUCUUUUCCUUUUUCUCAGAUUUUAUGUUUGGUUUUUUUGUUUGUUUUUUUUUUUCCUAAGGAGAAAUCCAUGCAUAAGAAGGGAGGUUCUCUGAAUAAAAUUCAAAAAUUAUAUUAUGUAGAAAAUGAAUAUUCUGUUUUCUUUCAAAUGUUUGCCUUUGCAAGGAAUGUUUUAUGGUUUUGUACAUGCAUUUGCUCUGUUUGUCUUCAACAGGAGGAGAAGGAGGAGGAAAGAUGAAUUAAGUAGAUGAGGAAAGAAAUAAGGAAUUAUAUUUGCAGUCUAAAACCCAUGAAAGUAAACCUUCUAGAAAUAGGAAUAAGAGUUGAAUAAUUUCUUUAUAUAAUGCUUUAUCCCCUUUCAUACUAAUCCAGAUAAAUACAUGUUAAGAUAAGUAGGGAGAAGGAAAAUAAGAGUAGAAUACUUACCUUUUUUUCACUGUGCAUUGCAUGUUAAAUGUCUUUAUUCCGUGCUUGCAAGGUGAAGGCCUGUGUGCUACAGAGAAUCCAUCUAGACACGGUAGCAACAUAAGCAACUAAACUUAAGACAUAUUUACCUGUGGCAAGAAAAGGAAAAUAUAUAAAAAACUUUUUCCAAAACAUUUAAAAACUUUGGAGUUUGUUCCCAUCUUGAUAUCAAAUAUAGAUAAAGACAUAAAUAAAUACUUAACUGUUCAGGACAGUUUGAAAAUUUUGCAGCUUUGGCAAAAAGCUUUUCAAUAGAAAUCCUAUGCUACAUCAGCACAAAAUCCACCCACAAAAAACAAACAAGCAAAAACCACAAACAAAACUAACAAACAAAAAUCAACCAAAAAACCCACAAAAAUUAUUUAGUAACAUCUGGACAUCUUUGUGAGAAAGCAGAAAAACAUUUUCUUGUGUAUAUCUAUAUUUAUUUUUUUGUACAUUUGUCUGUGUUUGUAGCUCCACAGUGAAGUAUUACACAGCACAGUAGGAACAGAUCUGGAUGUGAAGAUCCAGAACUGGUGCUGAGAACACAGAGGUUACUGUGUAUACCUCCAUGGCAGCAUAGACUUCUGUGGUCCCUGGGCUGAAUGCCCAUUCAUUACUGAAUUUGUUUCAUUCCCUUCCAAGGGAAUCCCAUCCUUGUACUCCAAAAGGUCAUCACAAGUAUAUCAAGUGGAGAUGAUUAGGAGAUUCAUGUCGGAAGUACACUUGUCCAAGUUAAUGUUAUCUUACUAUUUAGUAAGAUAUAUUUCUAUCUACAUGAAACAACUCACCUAUUAUUUUAAACAAAUCUGCAUUAUUGAACUGUCAUUUAAGUACUUCAUGGUCAAAUAUUCCCAACAUAUGUACGGUGAUUUUUAAGUUCUUCACUCUGAAGACCGCACAAAAAUGUCAUUUUCAAUACAAAACUUGAAAUGAAAUUCUAUGUGUCUACCAUUUAGGGGAAGGAUUCUUUUUGCUCACUUGGUGAUAUGCAUCAGUACUCUUUUAGAUUAGAUCUGUGUUGUCUUUGAGAUCUAAAAAAAGUGUUUAAGUUCAUUGAGAAAGAUUGAAUAACUUAAUUCUUUUACUUUAUCUUUACUGUACUGAACUAUUCUAUUCCAUAUCUGCAUUUGUUAAAUAGUGUCAUGGAGAUAACUAUUGAAGACAUACUCAUAUCAAGCAAAAACAUCAGUUGUAAAUGAUUCAUUCAUCUAAAAUAACCAGGAAAAAGCAAAAAGCGUCUCAACUUUAUAAUAAUUGCAUAUUUUAUAAUCCAAGAGCCAAAUGGUGUGAUGUUUAUCACUUUACACAUCCUUCAUUUUUUCUUAUGUAAAAUAUAUAUAUAACUGACAAGUGAGUGUGAUGGAGUAAUUGGCGAGUUUUGAUGUUUUACUAAAUAUUAAAAAAAACUUUUUUGUUAAAGAGCAGUAGUCAAUCACUGAAUUAAAGGGAAAGAAAUGUAUUGGUAAAAGCACGUUAAAUCAUUGUUUUUUAAAAUGUACUUGAAAUAUACAAGAACAUAUUUCAAUAUUUCCAAAUACUUACGCGGUAACGGCAAAGGCGUACAAAAUUGAUUUCAUUUGCAGUGGAGAAGCCAAUACGGUUUUAGUGUUUUGGGGUUUUCUUCUUUUUAUAAAUGUAUUGGUUUUGCAAAAAUUUAACAAAAGAGGCUGGUUUUAAUUGGUGGUGUUAUUCCAAGGCCCUUGAAACCCUGGCACUUACAGUGGCUAGGAGUGUGAAUGUGAUCUGGCAAGCUCAGCAUAGUCAUUAACUAAUGGAUUGUUGCUACACUCUUUCAAUAAAAACGUGUAGGUGGUUAGUAAUACCGUAGUGUUACCAGCAAUUUUAAAGUCAUUUGUAGGUUAGUUUGUAAAAUUAAAAGUGUAAUCAAAAAUUUCCCUGCCCUGCUGCCUUUUUCAGCUGAUUUAAGUGCAGAUUCUGUGGAUCAUUCAGAAGAGAAACUAAAUGAUUUAAAAAUAAUCAUCCACACCACAAUGGAUUAGUUGUUUGAAUUAUAGUUUCACAGUUCAUAUAUUUCUUUUCAUAAGAAAUGAAAGGAAUUGUAUAAGAUAGUUGCUUUGUGCCAUUACUCCAGGUCUUAAUAUUUAUUUAUUAAUUUUUCAUAUACUACACAUACUUAUCCUUCAUUAUUACUUCAUUAUGAAUGGAAACCAUAUAUUUC